AAGAUUUUCGACGAGGAAAUAAAUCAAAACACUAAAGCUAAGUAUUGCUCCUCUUUUCUGUUUGUCGUCCGGCACAAUACCCGCCGCGAUGGAUACGGGCGAAGGGAAGGGUGGAGGGAAGAAGGGUCUUUGCGCGCAGUGCUCUCUGCCUGGCGACACAGACCAGUGCGUCAAUUGUUUUGGAAAGUGCCGACGGCCAAUACACGUAGACUGCUUGCCCCGCGAGACGGCAGAACGUAUCGAGGUGCUGUUACAGCUACCUAACGCCGUCUUUGUGUGUGACGCGUGUUUGCGCGAGAAAGACGAUGGAAACACGGAAAAAAUUCUGUCGGGAAUUGUCGCGAAACUCGCAGAUUUGUCGUGCAUGUUAAAUUUUGUGAAAAACUUUGAACCGACUGUCAGAAAAGUUGUACGGGAUGAAUUGGCGAGAGACAGGAAGACUUCAACAGUAAGUGACAGCAAGGAAGGAACCCGAAACCGUGUUCAGACGCGAUCAGAGUCGAAGAAAAGGAAAGCUGAGGAGGCAGAGGACGUCGAAUCAAAGAAAAGGAAGGAAGGAGAAGCAGGAGACACAUUGACAGCGUUCGUUACCCCAAAAACGAGCUUUGCGAGUGUGCUGCAGCAGAGAGUUGUUAUGACAGAAGAGGAGCUGAAACAGAAGCAAAGCAAGAAGCCGGAUCCGGUCGUUGUUAUCAAGCCGAAGGAAGGAGUUGUGAUUGAGAACGCCCGGAUGGAAGUGCAGAAAAAAGUCAGUUCCAAAAACCUGAACGUUCAGCGUGUUUACACGAACAAAAAUGGUGAAGUCGUAGUUGCACUAAAGGAUGAGGCUUCCGUUAAGGUGUUACAGGAGAACGUAAAAAAACAGCUUGGAGAGCGGUACGACGUACAGCGGCGGGAUUCCCUGAAACCAACGAUUAAGAUCAUUGGCAUGCCGGAGGAGCUGGAGGAGGACGAACUGCGUGAGACGUUGAUGGAUCACAACGAUUCGUUCGCCAACUUGAAACAUUUCAAACUGUGCAGGAGUUAUCGCAAUGAAAAGUGGAGCUACGACAACAACAAUGCAAUAGUAGAGUUGGACGCUGACACCUACUUUAAGGUUCUGGAUUCUGGAAAGGUGAAUUGCGGUUGGAAGCGUUGUCGUGUCUUUGAUGGACUGCAGGUGCUUAGGUGCUUCAAGUGCAACGGGUUCAACCAUAAAGGAGCUGACUGUAAAGCUGCUGUCAUCACUUGUCCGAUCUGCAGUGGAGCGCACGAACUGAAGGAUUGUAAGGCGGAGACGGAGAAGUGUUCAAAUUGUGAAAAAUUGAAGCAGGAAAAAAAUGUUGACAUCGACGUGGAUCAUGCAGCUUGGAGCAGCGAGUGUCCGGUGUACAGAAAACAGCAGGGACGGCGAAACAAGCUGGUUGACUAUACACAGUAGCAAUUACAACCUGUGGGUGAAAUAUUGUACAUGAACGUAGCGGGAAUGAGGACACACUUUGACGAGCUAAAAGUGAUUAUCGAACAAAACAAGCCAAAAUUAGUGAUACUGACAGAAACGCACUUGACUUUACAACAUAAUCUUGACGACUACGAAAUUGAGAACUACAGAAAAACUGCGUGUU